AUGUCCAGCCCCUCUGUCGACCGUUCUAGCGCUUACCGACCUCCGACACAGCGCAAGCCGUCGUCGACAUUGGGCAAGCCCAGUCCCAACGCCAAGCCUGGCACUCGCACCCCACGAGCGCCUUCAACGAGGGUUAACGCUCCUCCCACGCCCGUCACGCCCUCCCCGUUCAAGGCGCGCUCGCGACCCGCCUCCGCCGCUGGCAAGCCCGGUACGCCCAGUGCCCCCAGCAUCAGCGCCAGCGCCAGUACGAAUGCAAGUGCAAGCGCAUCUGGCACUGUGACGCCCGAGGAGCCCGCAGCCGAGCGUGAAACCGAUGCGGGCGCGAUCUCCCCCAAGGGCCACGAGGCUCCGAUCUCCCUCGCUGCUUCGACCGACACACUCGUUGACUCUAAGGAAGUUAAGGAGCAGGAGGUUAGCGAAGUCCCGGAGAUCAAGGAGAUCCCGGAGAUCAAGAGCGACACUCCUGCUGUGAACGUCGAGGCCGCUGAGGUGAAACUUGAAGACACGCCGCCGCCCACUGUCGAGCCCGAGGUCAAGGAACAGUCUUCGUCUCAGACUGACAAGACCGUUGAGGAGACCCCUGCAGCCGCCAAGGACACCGACGCUUCCAAGAUCGAGGAGCCAGUUGCGACCAAGGAGACCGAGGAAGCCUCCGAGCCCAAGACGCCCACGCUGGAGGAAGCUUCGAAGACUCCCGUCACCCCUGCCGCCGAGAAGGAGGACGUCCCCGCCGCCACCGCCGCCAGCACCGAGUCUGUGCCCGUCCCCGAGACCCAGGACAGCGCCAUGAACGCGGCCACCACCCCCCAGACCCCCGUUAGCAACCUGCUGACGGCUGCUGCUCUCACCAGCUCCAACAAGGAUUGGAGCGAGCGUGACGAUGACGCUAGCAGCGUCGCUGGAAGCGUUGCCGCGAGCAUCUCGGGCAGGAGUGCCAAGGGCUCGAAGGAGAAGAAGGAGAAGAAGACCAAGGAGGUCCCCAAGGGUGGGAUCCAGCUGGGCAACCACGUUAUCCACCCGCGAAAGCCCGGAGAGGCAGUGCCAGAGUGGACGCCUCAGCAGGCGACCCAGCCAGCGAAGCCGAAGGAGAGGGACGAGAACAAGCGUCUGCACGCCCUCGAGGGCAAGCCGCCGACGUCCAGGAAAGCGUCCGUUUCGAACGUCAACGGUGCUCCCGAGCCGGCUCCCGCCGGUCCGUCGCAGGCUGAAAUCCAGGCCAAGAUCGAGUCUCAGUACAAGGAGCUGCUGGGCAAGGUCGAGGGCAAGAUUGCGGAGCAGCAGUCCAAGCUCGAGGGUCACCUGGCUGCUCAGCGGAACAAGCUGGAGGCGCAGCUGCUGAACCAGCAGGCCAAAUUUGACUCACAGCAGUCCAAGCUGGACGCGCAGCUUGCUGCCCAGGACCGCAAGGUGGACAUGAGGAUGGGAGAGCAGAACACGUCCCUGCAGGCGGCUAUGGAGACUUUCAUGACCGUGGAAGCACGUGCUGCUGAGCAGGCCUCGCACCAGGACGCUUGGGCCUCGCGCAUCGAGGACGAGCAGGACGGUUUAGAAGCCCGCCUUGCCGCUCUUCGCGGUGAGGUUUCUCGCGUUGGACCCAUGAUCGCUGCCAGUGAGUCGGCCGUUGACGAGCGUGUGACUGCUCUCACGAACGACGUCAACAACCGCCUCUCCGCCGCCACUUCCGCCUCGCAAGCCUUUGAACAGCGCCUCGAGGGCCGCCUCAAGUCUCAGGAAAGCGACGUCGGCCGCUCCAUCUCCAAAAUUGCAUCGCUCGAGAACAAAAUGAAGGAGUUUGCAGCCCUCGAGGCGCGGCUAGCCGAUCAGCAGAAGGCGCUCGAUGCUCAGCUUCUGGUCGCAGCCAAGCUUGAGGGCAGGCUGGGAGAAAUCGACCAGCUGGCCAAUAAGGUCAAGGCGGUGCAGGCCUCCCUGGACGACCAGAUCGCACGCAACGCCAGCCUCGAGGAGACUUUGAAGAAGCAGCAGGCGCAGAUCGAUGCGGCCGCGAAGGAGCAGGAGCAGCUGGAGAUUCGCCUGUCGAUAGUGUCGAAGCGCGAGGAGCAGGCCACUUCUACCGUCGGCGCUCUUCAAUUCCGCGUUAACGAACUCGAGCGCCGCGCGCGUACUAGUGCUGCCCGCGAGGGACCUCUGCUCGCUGGAGCGAUCACUCGCCUCGUGCUCGCUCGCUUCGAGCCGAAGCGUCUCGCCGCCUGCGACCCCAGCAAGGUCGUCAACCUUGCUCGCUCGACUCUGCUUCCCGACGCCAAGGGCCGCGUUGUCUCGAAGCACUACGCCAAGGAGACCCAGCCCAUCUUUGCUGAGCACCACCUCCGCUCCCUUUUCGCCAACGCAACGCCAGGCGCGAUCCUGUCCGACGGCGCUGUUCUGUCCAUGGCGAUCGAGGCCGCCCGGACUGCAGCCGAUGCCGCGCACGAGGAGGAGGAGAAGGCUGUCGAGUGUUCGCUCGAGCUCUCUCACGCGAGCGAGGCGGCAGUGCACCCCGGCGCCGACCGGGAUGCGGCCGAGCAGCGCCUGCUCGCGGCGCACGAGGCGCUGCAGGUCGCGCAGGAGAAGCGGAUGCUGGCGGUGCAGGAGCGGGAUCGCGCGGAGAACCUGGUCAAGAUUGUGCUCGCGUGCUGCAAGGACGUGGAGCGCGCGUGGAGCGCGGUCGAGGACCCGACCGAGGAGGAGAAGAAGAAGUACGACGAGUUCCUGCCGCGCGUCGAGAGCGUCGAGCUCGAACUGGCCCUCAGGGACGACACGGCCAGCGAGUACGUCCAAGUGUAG